GGGGCCCGGGAGAAGGGGCGGGGCGUGGGCAGGCGGCGCAUGCCCGGUGAGAUGGCCCGCUCCGCCGCCGCCGCCGGCGCCACCGCCCACUCGAGGCUGGCCAGCUGCAGGCCGGCCGGGGCGCAGAGUAGGGCCGGGCUGGGCGAGCGCACGGCCAUGGCCCCGUGGCUGCAGCUCUGCUCCGUCUUUUUCACGGUCAACGCCUGCCUCAACGGCUCGCAGCUGGCCGUGGCCGCGGGCGGCUCCAGCAGAGCGCGGGGCGCGGACACCUGCGGCUGGAGGGGCGUGGGGCCGGCCAGCAGGAACAGCGGGCUGCACAACAUCACCUUCAGAUAUGACAACUGCACCACUUACUUGAAUCUGGUGGGGAAGCACGUAAUUGCUGACGCCCAGAACAUCACUAUCAGUCAAUAUGCUUGCCACGACCAAGUGGCAGUCACCAUUCUUUGGUCCCCAGGGGCCCUUGGCAUCGAAUUCCUAAAGGGAUUUCGGGUAAUACUGGAGGAGCUGAAGUCAGAGGGCAGACAGUGCCAACAACUGAUUCUAAAGGACCCGAAGCAGCUCAACAGUAGCUUCAAAAGAACUGGAAUGGAAUCUCAGCCUUUCCUGAAUAUGAAAUUUGAAACGGAUUACUUUGUAAAGAUUGUCCCUUUUCCUUCCGUUAAAAAUGAAAGCAAUUAUCACCCUUUCUUCUUCAGAACCCGCGCCUGUGACCUGUUGUUACAGCCGGACAACCUGGCCUGUAAACCCUUCUGGAAGCCUCGGAACCUGAACAUCACCCAGCAUGGUUCGGACGUGCAGGUGUCCUUCGACCACGCGCCACACACCUUUGGCUUCCGUUUCUUCUAUCUUCAUUACAAGCUCAAGCACGAAGGACCCUUCAAGCGAAAGACCUGUAAACAGGAGCAAAAUACAGAGACAACCAGCUGCCUCCUUCAAAAUGUUUCUCCAGGGGAUUAUAUAAUUGAGCUGGUGGAUGACACUAAUACAACAAGAAAAGUGAUGCAUUAUGCCUUAAAGCCAGUGCAUUCCCCGUGGGCUGGGCCCAUCAGAGCUGUGGCCAUCACUGUGCCGCUGGUCGUCAUAUCAGCAUUCGCAACGCUCUUCACUGUGAUGUGCCGCAAGAAGCAACAAGAAAAUAUAUAUUCACAUUUAGAUGAAGAGAGUUCUGAGUCCUCCACCUACACCGCAGCACUCCCCAGAGAGAGGCUCCGGCCACGGCCGAAGGUCUUCCUCUGCUAUUCCAGUAAAGAUGGCCAGAAUCACAUGAAUGUCAUCCAGUGUUUUGCCUACUUUCUCCAGGACUUCUGCGGCUGUGAGGUCACUCUGGACCUGUGGGAAGACUUCAGCCUCUGCAGAGAAGGGCAGAGAGAAUGGGUCAUUCAGAAGAUCCAUGAGUCCCAGUUCAUCAUCGUGGUGUGUUCCAAAGGCAUGAAGUACUUCGUGGACAAGAAGAACUACAAGCACAAAGGUGGCGCCCGAGGCUCGGGGAAGGGGGAGCUCUUCCUGGUGGCCGUGUCAGCCAUCGCCGAGAAGCUCCGCCAGGCCAAGCAGAGCUCAGCAGCGGCGCUCAACAAGUUCAUCGCUGUCUACUUCGAUUAUUCCUGCGAGGGAGACGUGCCCGGCAUCCUGGACCUGAGCACCAAGUACAAACUCAUGGACAACCUUCCGCAGCUCUGUUCCCACCUGCACUCCCAAGACCACGGCCUCCAGGAGCCGGGGCAGUACCCCGGGCGCGUCAGCAGGAGGAACUACUUCCGGAGCAAAUCGGGCCGCUCGCUUUACGUUGCCAUUUGCAACAUGCACCAAUUUAUUGACGAGGAGCCCGACUGGUUUGAGAAGCAGUUCGUUCCCUUCCAUCCUCCCCCCCUCCGCUACCGGGAGCCAGUCCUGGAGAAGUUUGACUCAGGCUUGGUUUUAAACGACGUCCUGUGCAAACCAGGACCCGAGAGCGAUUUCUGCCUCAGGGCCGAGGCAGCCAUCCCCGGGGCGCCGGCCGACUUGCACUUGGAGGGCCAGCAGCUCGGCCUGGACUCAGACGCGGAGGCCGGGCCCAGCCCCAGCGGCAGCUCGGUCCUGCAGCCCCUGCUGCACACGGUGAAAGCCGGCAGCCCCUCGGACAUGCCGCGGGACUCGGGCAUCUACGACUCCUCCGUGCCCUCGUCCGAGCUGUCCCUGCCCCUGAUGGAGGGGCUCUCGACGGACCAAACAGAAACAUCCUCGCUGACGGAGAGCAUGUCGUCCUCCUCAGGCCUGGGUGAGGAGGACCCUCCUGCCCUUCCUUCCAAGCUCCUCGCCUCUGGGGCAUGCAAAGCAGAACCUGGUUGCUGCAGCUACACUGGUGAACUCCAUGCGGUCGCCCCUUUGUAACGAAACAGAAGAGUCUAAGCAUUGCCACUUUAGCUGCAGCCUCUCUCUGGUUCCCUAGCUCAUCUGGUUGUGUGGCCCACGUGGAGCUGAGGUCUCCUACAAGGAUCUUCAGGGUGAAAUUCGGGCCAGUACUUGCUGUCCUUGCCCUGGCCCUCUACCAGAUAUCUUGGCAAAGUUUCCAAUUUUCUAAAACCAUAUGGAGCCCUGAAAGGCAUGUGCAUAAGGUCUGACAACAGCUUGUCACGUUAGGUCAUCCGUUGGAUUAGAGCCAAUUCUGGGAGGUAGGGAGGAAAUAUGUAAAGAGAAACAGGAAAAUAUACUGAUCAUUCAGACUUAAUUUAUCUGUGCAAACUUUGCCUAUUCACUCUUGGCUACUUUGAUUUGAAAUGCUUCGUGGAAAAAGCACUUUUAAUGCUAUUAACAGCCACAGAAAUCAAAUGCCAGUCUGCCUGGAAUCCACGUCAUUACAGGUGAUCUUCCUGUCCACUUUUGGUGUGGAACUUACGAUGCCGUGGGUAUUAAAAAACCUCUGAGUCAAAGGUCAAGAAGGUGACUGAAUAUACGGUCACCAUUCAUAAAAUGAUUCUUUAUGUAUUAGUGGGUGGCAUGGCUGACUGAGGUGGGGGCUGCAGGGCCACGCUGACCAUCUAGACCAUUCUUUCUGAGAUGGGUUGUCAACACGUAGAAGGCACCAGAGCUCAGCACCCAAGGCCACCUCUUGGUCUGAGCAGGCAUCAUGCGAGGGCCAGAUCUGCCUGCCAUGUUUCCCUGGGUUACGUUUACCGUGCUGUGUCUCAGAUGUCGGUGCCUGGAAGUUUAUUUUUAAGAGACUGAUACCCAGCAGGGCUUUGUUAGUGGAUGUUACAGUUCGUGCUUUGGUUGGCCUCUGGUCUAAAGCUGUGUCCAGAAUAUUAGGGAUCAGAAUCCACUGAAAUUCGGCAGUGUGUGGAGUGGAGGUAGUGGCCAGUUACCUGCUGAACUGGUUUUGACUAAUGACCUCUUUUUAAGAAGGUGAAAAGGAGGGGACUGUCGCAAAGGAUGAAUGUGCUCUUCGAGUAUUGUCUAAAGAACAUGGGCCCUGAAAUCAUUAAAUUCUCUAAUCUUAAAGCACUCCCCCCACAGCCCAAGCUGUGCAUCAUGUUUUUGGGUUUCUCUUGUACUUGUCCAAUGAAAGAUUUAUCUCUUGUGCUCCAUCCUACCAAAAAUAGGUAUUUAGAACUUAGGAGGAAAGAAUUUGCUUUAAAAAGGAAAAGUAUAUGUUCUAUUUUUAUGAAUGACUUCUC